AGCAUCGUGGGCGCCCUGCACGCCCGCUUCACUGCCCAGAUCCGCGGCGCCGUAGAUCUCUCGCUCUACCCCCGGCCAGAUGGUUACUCCUCCCGGGAACUGGUCAAGAAAGUCUCGGACGUUAUCUGGAACAGCCUGAGCCGUUCUUACUUCAAGGACCGAGCCCACAUCCAGUCGCUGUUCAGCUUCAUCACAGGUACCAAGUUAGACAGUUCUGGGGUGGCCUUUGCGGUGGUUGGCGCGUGCCAGGCCCUGGGGCUCUACGAUGUGCACCUGGCGCUGUCGGAGGACCACGCGUGGGUCGUGUUUGGCAAGGACGGGGAGCAGACGGCUGAAGUCACGUGGCACGGGAAAGGCAACGAGGACCGGCGUGGGCAGACGGUCAACUCGGGCGUGGCUGAACGGAGCUGGCUUUACCUGAAAGGCUCCUACCUGCGCUGCACUCGGCAAAUGGAGGUUGCUUUCAUGGUCUGUGCCAUCAACCCCUCCAUUGACCUGCACUCCGACAGCCUGGAGUUGUUACAGCUCCAGCAGAAAUUUCUUUUCUUGCUAUUCUCCUUAUUCCUUAGAUAUCCUAUGGCUUUGGGGAACCUGGCUGAUCUAGAGGAACUGGAGCCCACCCCGGGACGUCCUGACCCCCUCUUCAUAUACCACCAGGGGAUCAAUUCCGCCAAGCAAUAUUACAACAACGAGCACAUUUACCCCUACAUCUACCUGGCCAGCUAUCACUGCCGUAACAAAAACGUCAAGGAAGCCCUGGAGGCGUGGGCCGACUCCGCCACCGUGAUUCAGGAUUACAACUACUGCCGAGAAGAUGAGGAGAUUUAUAAGGAAUUCUUCGACGUGGCCAAUGACGUUGUUCCCAAUUUACUCAAGGAAGUGGCCAGCCUCGCAGAUUCUACUGAAGAGAAGGGAGCUGCCGAAAGAGGAGAGGUCAGUGGCGUAACAACAAUAAUACUAAAUAAUCAACCAUUGCUAUGUGGCCAAUUACUGUAGUCCCUGACUUACGACCCCAAUGGAGCCCAAUGUUUUCGUUGUUAAGCAAGAGAGUGGCUAAGUGAAUUUGCCCCAUUUUACAACCUCCGUUAAGUGAAUCACUGCUGUCAUUAAGUGAGUAAUGUGGUGGUAAAGUGAACUAGGCGUCCCCAUUGACUCUGCUUGUCAGAAGGUCGCAUGACC